CAGUGGACGUGGAUAAAAGCAAACAGUAUUAUUAGUAUUGUUUUAAUUAGGGAGUAAACAAAUCAAAUUAAUAGAAGUCAUUAGAGAUGAGAUUAGAUGAGAUCGGACGGAUGUAGAUGAGGAUGAAAUGCACGCGAACUGAUCACAAUUCGUGGAAAAAUGCGUCUGUAUCGAAUCAGCAUCGCUGUGUUAAAAACAAACAGACAGACAAAAGAAAGUCAAGGAAAGGGUCCCCUCCUCCAUGUGCUCCCUCCUUGUAGGUGUGACAGAAACAACAAAGGGACGUGGAAAAAACUCGCAUCAGGACCACAGCCGGACAACAGCCCGGACAGAUCCCAGAGCACAAUAGCGGAGGAGGAGGAAGAGGAGGAAGGGGGCCUGCAAAACAAGAGCAUGUCUGCAGGUUUUGCAAUAUGCAGCAGUCUUCAUUUUAAUGGGGAGAAGCGAGAGACGAGCGCAGCCCAGAAUAAACUGAAGGGAGAGGAGCAGUGGAGAGGUGUGAACUGAGAGUGGACGUCGAGGGGGAAGAGUCCAGAACUGAUUCCAGAGGUGCAUGUCUUUCAAAGGGCCCUCUCCAUGGAUAUAGACACAGACUAUGAGCGGCCCAAUGUGGAAACCAUUAAAUGUGUGGUGGUAGGGGAUAACGCAGUAGGCAAGACCAGGCUAAUCUGUGCCCGGGCCUGCAAUGCCACCCUCACACAGUAUCAGCUGCUUGCCACCCACGUGCCAACCGUCUGGGCCAUCGACCAGUACCGUGUAUGCCAGGAGGUGUUAGAGAGAUCUCGUGAUGUAGUGGAUGAGGUCAGUGUGUCCCUGAGGCUAUGGGACACAUUCGGGGAUCAUCACAAAGACAGACGAUUUGCCUAUGGCAGGUCUGACGUAGUGGUGCUUUGCUUCUCUCUGGCUAAUCCCAAUUCCUUGCGCCACGUCCGCACCAUGUGGUUCCCGGAGAUCAAGCACUUCUGUCCCCGGACGCCCAUCAUCCUGGUCGGCUGCCAGCUGGAUCUGCGCUAUGCCGACCUGGAUGCAGUAAACCGUGCACGACGACCCCUAGCCAAACCCAUCAAACCUACAGAUAUUCUUCCUCCAGAGAGAGGCCAUGAGGUGGCAAAGGAGCUUGGGAUACCCUACUAUGAGACCAGCAUUGUAGCCCAGUUUGGAGUCAAAGAUGUUUUUGACAAUGCCAUCCGAGCCGCCCUGAUCUCCCGUCGACACCUGCAGUUCUGGAAAUCCCACCUCAAAAAGGUCCAGAGGCCCCUUCUCCAGGCGCCCUUCCUGCCUCCUCGCCCACCACGCCCCAUAGUGGGCAUCCCAGACCCCCCUCCCAUGGACGGCGAGGGCCCUGAUUCCCUUUUCUGCCAGCCACUGUGUGCAGAUGUUCUUUUCCUCCUGCAAGGUGGCACCACUCGCGUCUUUGCACACAAAGUCUAUCUGGCUACUUCCUGCUCCAAGUUCUACGACCUCUUCACCCUUGAUCUUGGUGGAUCAUGCGUGAUGCCACGGGGGGAGGAACAGGAGAGCAAGGAAAACUUGGAGAGUGGGGAGGAAGAUGAGCAGAGCAGGAGAGGAGCCAAGGAGCAAGCUGGGCGCACUAAGAGCCUGGACAUUGAUAAAGACGGUGUUGAUGGAGGAGUGCGGGGCCUGAAUCGACCCCAAUUGCUCCAGCAGGGCUCUUUGAGGACUUCCCAGAGUGAUAAUGCACUCCCGUCUCGAGCCCAGUACUCGCUGGGAGCUCUAGGGACUGGUCGAGCACUUUCAGGAUGGGGGAGAGGGUUCCUGAGUGUGUGUCUGGAGCAUGUUGAUGAUCCGAUGACUGGGCGACCACGACUCGUGACUGUGGUAGCCAUGGAUGCGCUUAUACAGGAAGAACCAUUCAAGGCGGUGCUUCAGUACCUGUACACAGGCAGUCUUGACGAGGGCCGGGGGGAUCUGAUGCAGGUGGCCACCAUAGCUGAGCUACUUGAGGUGUUUGACCUGCGGAUGAUGGUGGCCAAUGUUCUGAACAGAGAGAGCUUCAUGAACCAGGAGAUCACCAAGGCCUUCCAUGUCCGCAGAGCCAAUCGCAUCAAGGAGUGUCUCAACAAAGGGACCUUCGCUGAUGUGGUGUUCCGGCUGGACGAUGGCUGCCUCCCGGCCCACAAGCCCCUGCUCAUCUCUAGCUGCGACUGGAUGGCUGCCAUGUUCCGUGGCUCUUUCAUGGAAAGCUACAUUGAAGAGGUAUCCAUUCCGAACACCAGCACAGCCUGUAUGCGUGGGGUGCUGGAGUUCCUGUACUGUGGUCUGCUGACGCCCUGUCCUGGUUUGGAGCCAAUGGAACUGAUUGUUCUGGCCAACCGGCUCUGUCUGCCACGCCUUGUUGCUCUCACAGAACAGCACGCUGUGGAUGAUCUUCUCCAGUUGGCAGUGAAAGGAGUUGACAUUGAUGGACAGGUGUUGGCUUACCUCGAGCUUGCACAGUUCCACAAUGCCAAGCAGCUAUCAGCUUGGUGUCUCCAUCACAUCUGCACUAAUUAUAAUAGCAUCUGCCGCAAGUUUCCCAAAGACAUGAAGGCCAUGUCUCCAGAAAACCAGAGGCACUUUGAGAAGCAGCGCUGGCCUCCUGUGUGGUUCCUAAAGGAGGAGGACCGCUAUCUGCGCUCUCAGAAGGAGCGCGAGCGCGAGGAGGAGAUCUUGCGCAAGCAGCACACCAAACGGGGCUGGUGCUUCUGGAGACACCCGUCCUCCUCUCCGCAUGUCUCCUAAAGAGUGUCCUCCGCUGACGUCUUCAUCCUACCCUGGGUCAACACACCCAGGAAAACCAACCCCUAUGUAACGCGUAUAGAGGAGAUCGGCUCUGAACCCUCUAUGAGUGGAGGAAUGACUCUCAGUGCUACUAUGCCUGAGUGUCAGCAUGUUUGGGGGAAUGUAUGUGCCUCUUUAUAAUUGUGGGUGACUUAAUGAGUGGAUUUUUUCAGUAUGCUUGUGUGACAAGUGUGGACUUAACUAAAGGGUAUAUGCAUGGAUGUGGGGGUGUAUGUGUGCGGUUCGAGUGAUGCUUUCUGAGUUGAGUGCUUCCCAGACGCCCUGAUCUAUUAAGGGCCUGUGGCGUUGCAGUGCCACCCAUUGUCCCCUCCACAAGAGCUCUGCCCCUCCACCAGCACUCACAGUGUCACAGCCUUUGAGUGAUUGGACUGGGAGCAAGGGCUCUCUAUAUCUCUCAGUCUCCAUCCUUCACAUUGACCUUAAUGACUAUUACACAUUGACCACUGCAGCUCCUCUCGGGGAGCUUACCUCUGCCUUCACUUAUACACAGACUGUUAGCCUGCACACACAGACCCGUGCCCAAAGUCCACCCCUCUAAAACCAGCAACUGGAUUCCCAGGAACUGUCGCUGACAAUGUAAUUAUUAUUAUUUUCAUAUUAUUUUUCCUUUUUAUAUAAUCUUUAGGCCUUCUUGGACGCUAUUGUCAGGGGAUUUGGUGCACACUACUCCCAGGAAGUGUUGACAAAUUUGAUGAUUGCCAAUGCAAACACAAAGGUGAGACUGGUAAUCUAGACUCCAGACAUGGGGUGUGAGGAUAAAUUGAAAACUGUUAGCAAGGUAGGAUGCUCCAGUCAGGAGGCUUGAUCAUAGCUAUUAACCUCCAGUCUAGCCCUGAUGUGGUCCUUGGUCUUCAUCAUCCACCCCUGCACCUCCCACCCCCUCCUCCUGCACACCACACCUGCAAAUAAGCAAAACACAAGCUCUCCUCGAUGAGUUGGAUUCACCAAACUGCACUUCAGAGACAUUCAAAGUGACCACUCUAUAGCAAUGAUGGGAGGUACAGAGGGCUAGCCUUACUUGAUACCUCUGCCACGGAGGAACGAUGGAUACAGUAUUAAACAAAUGCACUUGUAACGUCCAUGACUACUAGGUUGCGUAUGAGCACCUCUGCCAGCCUGCCUUUACACCCCUACAACACUAGGGGCAGCACUGCUCAGGGCCCCGGCACUAACCCUCACACUAACAGGAGUUUUAAUGCCUGUGAGUUCUUUGGUCUAGUUUCAGUUAUUAACAUCAUAAGUAUAACUUCAAUACUUGCAAAGUGUUAGAAGAAAGCUAAAGCACAUGGACAGUGUUAUUAGUGCAUUUAAAAACUAUACCUGACUACUGAUUUCCACCUGAUUCAGAAUACCAAAGCUGUGAUUCCUUUGAUGUCUUUCUUCCUUACCUUCUUCAUUUCUGCUUCCCUGCUUCCUGUAUUGUCAAGAGUGGGAUGGAGGAGAGAAGAAAAAGUGGCUUGUGGGUGAAGGAGGCAGUAUAAUGGAAUAUUUGAGUCCCUCCUCGUCGUGGUGGUUUUCAGUCUGUGGUGUCAAGAGACAAGUGUCACUGCUGGACAUUGCCUUCCAUUCCUCUUGCUGGAAUUGAAAAUGGUGCUUAAGACACAAUAAGACAGUGUCCACACGAACACACAGACACACAUACGAUUUUAUGUUCACAGUUUAAGCGUAUGUCUAGUUGUUUAGCGUUAACCUGCGAUGAACAUGCAGAAAUAUAAUGAUGGAGUUUUAAAACCUUAAUUUUUCUUCCUUAACAGAGGACGUAAUAGGUCACUGGUUUUAGAAUGUGUAGAUUUCUGCUUUUACAUACAGUGGUUACAACCUUGUACUGUCUUUUGCUGCUUUUCUGUUAAAAAAUGUGAUCUGUUUUGCUUACAUAACGUUAACCAGGAAAAUAACAUUACGUUAGAUUGAAUUUCGCAAUCGCGAGUGUUGUCUCAAAUGACAAAUUUGUUCGAUAUACAAAAGCAUAUGAGAGCAAAUCUGAUUUUCUUGCUAAGGGUGCUAAUUUCUUUGGGCUUUAGUACUGAAUGUGAAAACAAGACGUUGUGUUGAUGACUUUCUAUUAGCAUGUUGUUCUAUUUGUGGGUUUGUGCCCCUCAGCUUUACCCAGGCUACUGUAGAUGAUAGAUAGAUUGUGUGAGACAUGUGGUGUGUUCUGCUGUUCUCCAUGAGAGGUGUGUUAAAGUCAUUGUCAGCUACGGAAAUAGAAGUCAGAUAAGAUCUCAUGAGACCCAAGUGAGAAUUGAGCUGAUUCCGCUCUGAAAAGAGUGAAUGUCAAGUAAAAGUGAACAAGUCUCUGUCAGCAUUACAUGCAACCUACAUAUGUUGGAAUUAUUCAAUGGAUAUUUAAACUCAUCCCAGUGCAGGGCUAUGGGAAUUUAGAAGUGAGACCUAAAGAAGAGAAAGUUGGGGGGGGGGUUCCAUGGCCUCUUUUUAGUUCCUCAUUGAAAGGAUUGCUAUUAGAAUUGUCUUAUUAAUGGUUGGUUUGACCCAUUAAGCCUCCUCUCUUGGUCCAUGUGCCUUAUAGUUGGACAAAACUAAAAAAAAUGUUUGUGAUUUUAAGAACGUCUAUAGUUCAAACCUGCAGACAGGUUCUGCAGUUGCUGACAUGAUGGACACAGUACACAAAGGCCAUGAUAAAAUUAUAGCUGUAAAAUGGAUUAAGAUGUUGCUUAAUGCACUCUUAGCUAUUAUCGUUCUUGAGGACAAUUUUGAGCCAACUUGAGCCAUGCCUCUGGAGAAUCUUUGGGCCUACUGCUUGAUUUAUGUAGAAAAAAAAAUAGCCUUGAAUAAAUUUCUUAAGAGAGUAUAGUACAGUAGGUUGGUCUAAUCAUAUGGCCUUAGGUUAGUAUACUUUUUCUAGAUUAAUGGUAAUUAUUUGGAUGUAGAAGGACUCACAUCAUGGUUGGGAUUCUUCUCUGACCAGGUGAUGAGAGGUAGUGAUAAAAAUGAAUCAGGUUGAUUCCUGCAGUACAAAAACCACUGACUUUGAGAAAGCAAAGCUUUUUAAAGAGCACUGGCUGGCCUGUGUGCUGGGAGGGUGCGGCCACUUUAGGAAUAUGGUUAAUUUGCAUGGUGGCCUAACUUUGUCAUUAUAAUGACACUUGUUGUUGGAAUGCACUUUCUUCUUCUUUGGUUUUUUUUUAUACAUACUUUUCUGUGCUUAGCAUGAAUUGUUCCUUGUGUAAGAUUGUUUCUAAACCUGAUGAUUGUAGCACAAUAUUUCCACUUAAGUCUUUCGAAAUUUCUGAAUAACAUGACUUGUUCAGCGUUUAGUUGGCACUGAACCCCACAGUAGCUUUCUUCUUGCUAUGUGGCUUUAUGCACAAGUCAGUUUUAAUAAAUUAGCUCAGCUCAGCUGAAGGUAGCAUCACUAAAUAUACAACUUUAAAUAAUAUGCUGGGACAUCUACAGACAUUUGCUUGGAAAACAAAUGCAGAGGAUCUGUCGCUGCUUGCAGUUUUAAAGCUGUCCCUGUUAUGUUGUUACUGUAGUUAAUACCAUUGAUCAAGCUUUUUUUUUUGCUAUUUUCAGGAUGCUGGGUAAAGGGCAUACCUAGAUAAGCAUAAAUAGUAACAUUUCAAAUGAAAACAAGUAUAGCAUUGUCAUACACAUAUUUUAAGAAUGUCCUAAAUGACAUAAAGCCAAGUAUAAUGUUUGGAUUUAGCAUGUAAGGACUGAGGAAAUGGGUAAAGCAUGAUGCAUGUUUCUGGUGUUUCUGGCAUAGGCUCCUGUAUAUACAGCAGAGUUUCUUAACCUUGGGAUUCUGACCUUACCUUGAUAUGCUUAUGGGGUCAUGGGAAAUUUCUAAAAUUAAAAAAAAUUGCACAAAAUAAAAUACUUAUUGGAUGAGAACUGACGAUUGUGACAUUGAAAUGGAGUCACAGGCCCAAAAAGGUUGAGAAACCCUGACUUACAGAGAGGGAGAGAUGGAAAUGCAAAAUUUAAAACCCUGUUAGCUUUACUCAGCCCUCGAUAUUUGCUCCACACUGACCCCUAUGGGCCAGAGGUACAUCUAGUCACACUCUGACGUAGGAUGUGGGGUAUUGCAGUAUUAAUUUGGAUUGUCUUGUUCUAUCUUACCACAUCCAUUUUACUCUCAAAUUCUCUUCAGUUAUUUUAGGUGGAGCUUUUCCUCCUUCUUAGCAGGCCUGACCUUCCUUUUUUUUUUUUUAAUGCGAAUCCUAGUGACCGAGAGAAAACCUUGUUUUUAGUCUUUGGUGUCUUUUUUGCUGUGCCUUCAUUGAAAUCUUUUGGCUCUGUACAGGCCGACGGCACUGCAGCUGCAGUCGUCUGGGCUCAAAUAAAGCCAAGAUAUACACGUGAGCACAGAAAUAAUAGCAGGCAGCUCUCUUAAAUGUACAGUAUCUUAGAGCUUGUGUAGGUUGGAUUAUGUUUCUUUCACAUUUCUGGAGGUGUAAAGCAGUUACUGGCUAUUGGGGUCAUAGCGGUAACUUCCAGUGAUAACAUACGAUAGGAGCUUUACAUGUUCAGUGUGUAAUUUCAACUGUUGUAAAGCUACACAACAGAUGACUUCAAUUAAGAAAUGACCAAGAAACCCAACAAACCAGCAAUUUUAAAAUAAUGUUUUCGCACUCUUUCUGGUGCCUGCACUUUCUAUUAUGUAGCCUAAUACUACUUUUUUAGUAGCUUAAGUCUUUAUAUUUACCAGUUUUCCUGAUCAAAAUUAAAAUGUUAUUACUUUUCCACUUUCUCGUGAUCUCUUUCUCUCUAAGCCAAAUUCAGUAGUGUACCCUAUUGCUUCCACUAUUUAGCAAUUUACUAUGUUGCAAUCAUGCAUAAAGUUAGUGUAUUUCUAGUCGGGGAACAGCAACUGUGAACCACUGGUUGGAUUACAGGCAGAUAUUAGCUGUGACAACUACAUAUAUUAUGCUUUAAUGAAGAUAGUUGUUAUCCAAAGUACAGUACAAUGUUGUAAAUUUGAUGAGUCCGAGCUGGAAGUAACCUCUCACCUUAUAACUGCUCACCACACUGUAUCUAUAUACUAAGCUGGUGUAUACAUAGGAUUGUAUGCACAGAGGUGCCCAGGACAGGAAAAGUGUUUAUAUAGACAGACAUGGUGUGAUUAACUCCUGGAUCGUACAUUCUGUAUAGUAUUGCUAUGGACUUUUGUUUCCAUUGGCUCUUAUGAGUUUCAUUAACAUUUACUGCUCAUGUUAUUGUGUUGAUUAAAAUAAAAAGAAAGAGCACACCACACUCACAAACUAUUAAGGGCUUUCAAGAAAAUAUACAACAAUCAGAAUGUUUUGCUGCUCUGCUGUUGCAAAAAAAUGUUUUGAAACUAAAAAUUUGUAAUAUUUUUCAACCACUGUGAUUUGUAUAAAAUUUUAAAAAGAAAAGUAGAAAAAGGUUUUUUUUCUUUUUUGCCAUUUCAGUAUUUUGAUGUUUGACAUGGAUUUUAUUAAAACUGUUAAUCUUU